AUGCAGGAAUUGAAUCGCACCAUGCAGCAGAAAGAGGUUGCUGAGAAGGUGUUGAGAAACACAAAUCACGAGAAGAAGCAGUUACAGGAGCAGCUGAUGGAGACAAUCUCCGGGUUCACAGAGGUUAUUGAAAGCCUGCAAGAUCAGUGUACAGAUGGGGCACCUGCUCCAUCAGCUGACCGCCUGCAGGACCAGUUGCGUGAUGUCACUGCAUCCAAUCACGCACUGCAGGCUCCGGUAGAGACGAGGAUUCAUUUGGAAAAGUUGGCGGAGUCACGCAAGGCAGCUGAAGCCAGAUCACGAUCCGGUUUGGGCGCUGGUCCUGAAGCACAGGUACAUCAACUGAAAGAUGAGAGAGACAUGUUGAAGGUCCGCUUGGAAGAGUUGAGCACGAACACAACAGGUGUUCAACAUGACCAGCAAGAGCAGGUGCACACACAAGAGCUGAAGCGCUUGCGGCAGGAUGUCGAGGCUCUACACAAUCAGAAGGAGCAACUAAGAAAGCACCUUCAGGACCAAGACAGAGAGAGACAGGAAUUGCAGGACAAUUUUCUCUACGUGAAAGGCCAACUCGACAAGGUUCAGCUAAAACAAGCAGAGGCCGCAGAAAAUGGUUCUUCAGAUGGUCGCAAGGAACUGCAGAGGCACCGACAAACCCUUCAGACUGUGACAGAUGAGAGAAAUCGGCUUGCCAACCGUUUGGAGAGCACACUCAAUGUACUUGAGAAGGAGAAAGCUUAUCAUGAACAAUCCGUAGAGCGAGUGACUUCACCCUCAAAAGUCAGUUCUUGA